UUAGCGAGCCACAACUGAAUGAAACACGCCAUCCACCGCUCUACACUUGAUAUAUCGGACAACAUCUUUUCCAUGUGCUUUAAAGUAAAUAGUAGCUGGUAUUUUAUAUGAGAUGUGAUAUUAGAAGUAAGGCGGGAAUGUGGUUUAUUCGCAAUGGGAAAUGUUUUCGGCAGGCAGGGACGAGUCACCAGUCGAGUGACAGAUCAGGACAGGGCGAUAUUGCAACUGAAACAGCAGAGAGAUAAACUGAAACAAUAUCAGAAGAAAAUCACAUUACAGCUGGAGAAAGAGAGAUGUCUGGCCAAACAGCUCCUGAAGGAUGGCAAGAAGGAACGAGCUCUUCUGCUGCUCAAAAAGAAACGCUACCAAGAUCAGCUGCUGGACAAGACGGACGUCCAGAUAUCCAACCUGGAGCGCAUGGUUCAAGAUAUUGAAUUUGCUCAGAUUGAAAUAAAGGUCAUUGAGGGUUUAAAGGCUGGGAAUGACUGUCUCAAGCAAAUGCACGAGGUCAUGUCUAUUGAGGAGGUGGAGAGAAUACUGGAGGAGACGCAGGAGGCCAUUGAGUAUCAGAAGCAAAUUGAUGAACUGCUGGCAGGUUCUUUGACACCGGAGGAUGAGGAUGCUGUGUUAGCAGAGCUGGAGGCCAUCAUUCAGGGAGAAGACAUCACACUUCCAGAAUUAUCCACAGAUCCAUUGCCAGCGGUGCCUAAGGGGGAAACAGAAAGAAAAGAGGCACAAAUCAAGCCGGAGCGAGAGAUGCUGGCAGCGUAGUGUUCGAUCCUACAACCUGGCUCAUCACUCUGUUUUGAAUGAAAGGAAGAGCUAGGGGAAUAUAAUUGGCAGAAAAGAAGGCUUUCAUAUGAUAUUUAAUAGGCAUGCAUCAGAAUCAGUGUUCAAAUGGUUAUGGAAAACGUAGAAAUGUCAAGGAAUUUUACAUUUGUGAUUUUUCAGACUUAAAAAAAAAAGUAAUGGAAAGCAAUGGAGUCAUGGUCAAGAAAAAAGUAAUGGAAAUUGAUUGUUCAUUGAUUGUAAUUGGCUAUAAUGUUUUUUAUAUUGCAAUUAUACUUGUAAAAUAUUUAAAACAUUUCCCUUUGAAAGUAAUUAUAUAAACCACUUAAAAUGUCAUGAACAAGGUGGUCGAACCAUGUAGAAUUGAAAUGCUGUUACAGAGUUUACAGUAUUUUCUUAAUGUAAAAUCAACUGUUGUUAGGUAAGUGGGUAAGGUAGCUAGAAGCUUAAAUGACAGUUCACAUCAAUUAAUAUUUGGUUUUGUUAAAAUAAAUGAACAACCUAUGAGCUAUGAGCUCUGUUAUGUGGCACUAGUAUUUUCAUUUGUAUUUUCAUUUUUAACUGCAAAAAGUGAACCAAAUUGCUACAACACUUUAGCCAAGUAUCUUUUUCAUUGCAACCUAACAUACAACUAUAAAGUAGCCUGUAGCAUUGGUAUUUAAAGGGGUGGUUCAGUGUUUUUUUUCUAGGCUUGAUUGUGUUUAUG